AUGUACGAUGAUGCCUCUCUCUAUUACUCAUUCAAUCCAAGCGCACAGCCUCAGCAAGAAAAGUCUCAGUUGCCUAAGCAUAAGAGGAGACAAUCUGUUUUGGACCGACCCAACGAAGACAUCCAGGCUGACACUGGUCGAUUAGAUCGCCUUGGAGACGUACUCGAGGUCCCGCAGGAGGUCGCUGGACCACCGGAAGCAACGCUGUCCCGUCGGGCACAAUCUUAUAGCGAUUUCCAUGAUGCGGUAAAAGCUGUACUGGGUCAGGAUGUGGUUUCUGGAGGGGCUGCGAAGGAGACAACAAAGGGAGAUGAGAAGACUGGGAAGGCAGAUAUCACGUCGGAGCUAGACUUUGCUGAUUGGUACAAUGCCCUGGAACGCGAGUUACUAGACUCCAGUCAUGAUGAUUAUACAAACUAUCAGAGACAGUUGGAACUAUCUCAGUCGCACCUGGACACUCUACUAUCCGAUACAUCCUCGACGCUUGAUUUAUUAGCAUCGUUGACCAGCUCGUUCAAAGAUGUUGAAGCGCAGACUACAAUUUUUCAAAGGCAAUGUGCAGGGCUGCUGGAUGAGCAGACAAGAAUCACAAGACUUGCUGACAACCUCGACGAUAAUCUCAAGUACUACAACUAUUUGGAGCCUGUCACUAGACGACUGAACGCACCAGGAGCAGGCAAUUUUGUGAGGAGCAAGGAGUUUUCUGAAAUGCUGGCUCGGCUUGACGAUUGCUUAGAGUACAUGGCAGCUCACCCAAAACAACGAGAAGCGGGGGCUUACCAGUCGCGCUACCGUUUGCUGAUGACAAGAGGCUUAACUUUGAUCCGUGUCCAUUUCGUCAGUGCUUUGCGAGAGACUGCCUCCGACGUCUCGAGACGUAUUGCCGAUCGCCAAUUGAAUGAUACCACGAACUCUGCACUUCUAUACGCCAAGUUCCGAUUUGGUGCGUCCGAGCUCAAGGAGGUCGCCCAGGAGAUUCGGAAGCGAGCGGUCGUUCCGGUUGGUGCUGAGCCUGGAGCUGAAGCAGAGUAUCAAAGCUUAAUGAACGAAUUGUAUACGAGCUACUCGGCCACUCGUGGUAGGCUCGUAAUUCCACUCGCCAGGAAGAAAAUUGCAGACAUUGCGUUGGCUCCGAGUACCUCGAAAGAGCUUGUUUCCUUUGCUCGAAGCAGCAUUGGCUACACUCGUGGAGUCUGCUCCGAUGAAUACGAGCUUUGGCGGGAAUGGUUUGAAGGAGAACAUGGUCUGUAUGACUUUCUCGAAUCCGUGUGCGAGCCGUUGUACGACCAUCUACGACCAAGGAUCAUUCACGAGACUCAACUGUUAAAACUGUGCGAAUUGUGUACUCUUUUGCAAACCAGGUAUAUGCAUGACCAAGACGAAGAGGCCGAGCCUAUGGAGGCAAAUCAGUUUGACUUCUCAAUACUCAUCCGUACAGCGCUUGAAGAUGCCCAGACUAGACUUGUCUUUCGUGCUCAAGCUGUCCUACGUGAUGAAAUUGAAAGAUACAGACCGAAGAAAGAGGAAUUGGAUUACCCAGCUCGUAAUCGACGAGUUUCCCUAUCUGGUACCAAAUCCCAACGUCCACGUGCCACAUCUGGAAGGAAAGACUCAAAUGUGGAGCCUACCACUCCGAUGCCCAAGACCCCCAUGGUUGUGGAAGAGGGAGAUUCGCCGAACGGACGCUGGGGCUUCGACAUGGAAGCAGCUUUCCAAGGCUGGUAUCCUACCCUGAGGAAAGCAAUUUGGCUCCUGAGUCGUAUCUAUCGGCUCGUCAAUUCCACCGUCUUUGAUGAUCUGGCGCACAACAUAGUCCACCAAACCACCGUCUCCCUCAAGCAUGCUUCCACACUCGUCGCCCAAAAGACACAUAACACCUCAGCUGAUGGCCGCCUCUUUCUUAUCAAGCAUCUGUUAAUCCUCAAGCAGCAAAUAGUAGCUUUCGACAUAGAGUAUGUCACGCCAGACAUCUCCUUCGAUUUUUCUGGUGUCACAAACACAUUCUGGGAGCUCCGAGAAAGGGGCGGCCUUUUUGACCCCCGGAACCUCUGGCGAAUUAUGGGUGGUGGUCUCCUACCAAAAGUUGUAGAAAACAUGCUCGACGCCAAAGUUGAGCUUGACUGGAGUCUCAGGACAGUCAUAAACGACCUCACGAGCGAUUUCGCUUCGAGAAUCACCAAGCCUGUCGAUGCAUCAGCCACUGCCAAGAAAGGCUUCGAUGCAGUCCAGGCGGUCAACGUGAUCCAAAAGGUUGGUGAGAAGGAGGUACCAGUACUUCGACGAAAAUUGGAUGAGUAUCUAGAUGACGUUCGGACCAAGGAGACGCUUGUGGCAGCCGUACAAGAUCAGGUGAUACAGAAUUACGAAACGUUUUACGACAUAUACACGGCAGAGAAGAGAUCGAAUGGGAAGCAAGUCAGUAAAAAGGGGAAGGGAAGGGACGACGAGGCAUGGGAUCCUGAUAUGUUUACGGAAUGGGCUGGGAGCAUAUUCAGGGUCAGAGGUAUGGGUGCAUUGGAUGAGGAUGAAGAAAGCAGGAGUAGGAGUAUGAGUCGGAGUGGAAGCAUGUAG